CGCCGGUGAACAAUUGGCAGUAUUUUAAAACUGAGCACUAAGGCAUACUUAGUAGUACUAGUUUCGCUGUUUAGUGCUCUGUUCCCACCUGGAAUACUGCCAUUCCGCUACUUGAAUAUUAAUUAUACAGACCAUGGAGACACAGAUAGAAAAAGAUGAAGAUUUAGACAAUAUUGAAGUACUUAAAGGCACAUUUGAACAAAGCAGGGAAUUUCUCAUCACUGAUGUUUUUAAGAAAAUAGUACUGGAAACAAUUCACAGCGCUGAACUAUUACCAUUUCUCUCGGCAAUUAUUCCUAAAGGAGAUAUACAAUCCAAGAUAAGAAAGUUAGAUAGAAAAGGACAUUACCAAGAAGGGGCUAAAGAACUUAUAAACUAUAUUCACCUUGAUUGCAAAGUAGAAGGAAAAUGGGCAAUCUUUAUGAGCUCACUGGAACAAGCAGAAUUAGUUUCCCUACAUGGUCUUUUGAAUGACUUAAGUAGUUUAAAUGAGAAUGAUGAAGAAGACAUUGAACUUCUGGGCUUGUAUUCUGCCCAAAUUAUUGAUCAUAUUAAACUAACAGACAGUGGUAUUCUUAUAUAUUUGCACAGUAAUAAGGUCAUUACUAGAGAUGAUAUGGAGAAAAUAUCCUCGUGUGACUGUAAUAGAGAUGCAUUCAUGGAACUCUUCAGUCAUAUUUAUAGAAAAAGUAAAGAUUGGUAUAAAAUAUUUCUGGAAAGUCUUUACAAAGACAAGCAACUGCAACUGGUAGAAUUGUUGGAUCCGAAAUUUCUAGAAAAAAAGAAAAAUUUGGAAGCUAAUAAAAAAUAUGUGUGGCAUCCCCGUGAUAAUGACAUACAAGAAAAUAUACUUGAAGACAGUGGUGAAGCAUACAGCUCGGGUGAUUAUGCAAGUAAUAAUCCUGAGAACAUCGAACCUAAUUUAUUCGGAAGUGUUGAAGAUCAAGCCAAGAUACAAGAUAAAAUUGGUGAUAAUUUAAUGGACACAUCAUCAUUGCCAGAAAAAUCAUACGAUGAUAAGGAAUUGAAAGAAAUCAAUACAGAUAAAAUGAAUAUUGAUGAGCCAGAACAUAAAAGAGCAGAUGAAGAUGGGGAUAAAAAAACAAUAGAAUUAAGAGAUUAUCAGAAAGAUCUGUGUAAGGAAGCUUUACAAGGCCAAAAUGUUAUUAUAUGUGCACCUACAGGUAGUGGAAAAACAAUUGUCGCAAUAAAUAUCAUUAAGGAACAUUUGAGUAAGAAAUUUGGAAUAAAAAAGGUAGCAUUUUUGGUUAAUCAAGUGGCAUUAGCUGAACAACAGUUUAAUCUAUGUAAACAAUAUCUAAACUGUAGAACUGAAAGAUUAACUGGAGACACACAAAACAAUGAUAAAAUACCCCUUGGAGAACUUCUUGAUUGUAAUGAAGUAAUUGUGUUGACAGCACAGAUAUUGGUAGAUGCUAUAAAAGAACAUGUUAUCAAGGAUGUUUCAGCUUUUUCACUUAUUAUAUUUGAUGAAUGUCAUCACACCAAGGCUCGACAUCCAUAUAACCAGAUUAUGCAUAUGUAUAUGGACAUAAAAUUAAAAAAUCAGCUACCUGGAGCGACAAACGAAAUGGAGGUGGAUGAGUUACCUCCCCCUGUUCUGCCACAGAUCAUUGGGUUGACAGCAUCAGUGGGAGUAGGGAAGGCAAGGAAAGUGAGUGAGGCGUCAGAACAUAUUUUGACGUUAUGUGCUAAUCUAGAUACAGCAAAGAUAUGUACAGCAAGAGCCUAUGAAGAUGAUAUGAGAAAGUUUGUUAAUGUCCCUAGUUUAGAUAUUGAACGUUGUGACAAACGAGAGAACGAUGUUUACCACCAGACUAUAGUAGAAAUCAUGCAAAAAAUAGAAACUGACAUGCAGAAUUCGAAAUUUCUGUUGAAGAAGGAUGAAGAAUUAGAAGAAUUCAAAAAAUAUUUAAAGCCACCAGGAAGAAAAGGACAUGAUAGUUACACUCAAUGGGUAGCUAAGUUAAAGAGAGGCAUUGCUGCCGUUAAUGAACAUAAUGCUCGUAAAUUCUAUGUAACAUGCUAUAAAAUGUUAGAGAUAUAUAAUAAUGCACUUAUUAUAAAUAAUGACUGCCGUUCAAUAGAUAGUUUAACAUAUAUAGAAGAGGAGUUCUCAAAGACCAUAACACUGAAUCAGUCAAAAAAUACACAAAAAGAAUUGAUGGAAUAUUACACAGAUAAGAAACAGAAGCUACAAAGAUUAUGUGAUGACCCUAAAAAUGUAAAUCCAAAAUUAGAAAAGCUAAAAAAAAUGAUAAUGGAUGGUUUUAGGGAAAAUCCUGAUUCAAGAGCCAUUGUAUUUGCAAAGACAUUAGCUUUGGUUCAGAAGUUAAAACUAUGGAUGGAAGAAACCCCUGAAUUAAAGAGGCUGAAUCUAAAACCAGAAACUGUUACUGGAGCAAGAGCUUCUGCCGACAAAGGAGGUAUGACUAGAAACAGGCAAGUAGAAGUAUUAGAUUAUUUUAAAGAUGGUGAUGCAAAGAUAAUUAUAGCCACAUCUGUUGCUGAAGAAGGUCUGGACAUAACAAAGUGUAAUUUGGUCAUCAGAUAUGAUCAUGUGACAAAUGAAAUUGCCAUGGUUCAAUCUAGAGGUCGGGCCAGAGCAGAAGCUAGUAAAUUUAAACUUGUGGCCAGUGAUGAUGCUAAUACGGCUAGAAAAGAAGAAAUGAAUUUAUCAAGGGAAAUGAUGAUGAAACAAGCUUUAAUAGAUCUAGAGGGCAAACCUGAAAAGGAAUUCAAAGAAUCCAUUCUUGAAUAUCAGAAAAAAGCAAAAUCUGUGCGAGAUAUGGACAAACUUAUAAGGAAUGGUCGUAUUUUAAAAGAUGAUGAAUUUAUUUUACGAUGUUUUGGAUGCACAGAUUUUGCAUGUAUUUCUACUGAUAUUCGUACAAUUAGACAUUCACAAUAUACUGUGGUAGAUAAAAGUUUCAAAACAAGGUAUAUAACGAAAGAUCAUAAAGCUCCCAUGGAGUUUCACGGGUUUCUAAAGAAAAGUAAAAUCUUUUGUAAAUCUUGCAAUCAUGAUUGGGGAAUUGAAGCUCUGUAUCAGAAUGCUGAAUACCCUUUAAUCAAAAUUGAAAGUUUUGUCAUUGAGGAUUCUGAUGGUAAAAAAACAACCAUCAAAAAGUGGAAAAACAUCCCAUUCUAUGUCCAAGAAAUCAGUGAUGAUGAUUUGCGCCGCAGGUUCCUGGAAGCAUCGGGGAAUAUUUCUGACAUUGAUUCUGAAGAUGAGAAUUAAGAGGGUUUAUAUAUAUAUAUGUGGUCGGUAAUGAUGUUUAAAUGAUUUUGUCAUGUAUACCUUUUCAAGUUUUAAGCUUACUUUAAAUGUGUUGUCAUCUUUGUCUGUCAAACUUGAUUCAGUACACUGCAGUUGUUGUCAGAUUUUUUAUACGCCCACAUUGAAAUGUGCCAUUGCCUCUGUUGGAAGGUCAAUCGAUCAAUCCAAUGAUUUUUAUAUGCUCACAUUGCUUGUGGACAAUCUAUAGACUAACAUUUAUAUCCGAUUGACUUUAAAUUGAUACACAGUGUUUAAGGUCAUAAGACGAAGAAUCCUAUUCAUUUUCAACAAUUUCUGAUAAUUGCUGCCAGAGUUAUGGUCCUGGAUCACAUUGAGGCUAAAGUUAAUAUAAAUUGUUUAAGGUUGUGAGACAAACGAUUGAAAUAUAUUCUAACAAUUUCUGAUAAUCACUGAUAAUUUCGUGUGUUUUCAUAACUGACAAAAGAAAAAAUAUGCGGCAACCCCUGUUGACUGACUGGACAACUUAGCUGCUGUGGGUGUAUGUUUCGUUGCCUGGCAACCUAUCUUUAAAACCCGUGAAAAUGCUACAUGACAUUGUUCCUGAAGAAGUUUUUUUGGAAUUUAUGGAGAUUGCUCAUUGUGGCAUAAGGAAGAUCCAACCCUUUCAAAUUUCCAAACCUUUUGAAUGCAUUUAAUGCAUCUUGUAUCUGAAUAACAGAAUAUUUAGAUGUUAUUUUUUGCAGUUAUUGUGGAGUUAUAGUUCCUUUCCCAUUUUGAAUGUUCUGACUGUUAAAUCUUGUGAAAGUGAUACUGGACAAACCUUGUUGACAUUGUUCAUUUCAAAUUUUAUGAUUAAACAUAGAUAAUUUUGCUGCUGGUGGGCUUAUUAUACUGCAUCUAUAGAUUAAUGAUAAAAACUUUAUUUUGUCAUUUCACUUGUUAGAAAUCAAUACUGUUGGUGUUGUAGAAAUUUAUUGGUACAGAUAAUAUAAUGUACUCAAGCAAAUACAAUUUUUUUAUGAAUUUACUUAUUAUUUGAUAAAUAAUUUCCUUAUUAAAGUGAUUUGAUGGUGAUGAGGUUUAUAAAUUAAACAUUUUUUAUUUAUUGUAGAUAGAUUUUUAAGAAUAUAUUUACAAAUAUAUUUAAGAAUGUUAUGAUUGUUGAUUAAUUGAUUGCUCAGAAUAUUUUGCUUCUAAUAUAGUUUAAUGCACAAGCGUACAAUUAUUGUAUUA